AUGCCUGUGAGUGCAUUCCUCGUGAGCUUGGCGAUUGAUCUCACAGCAGGAGCUGAACAUGCGCCAACUGACCAUGUAGGUCGAAGCAAUGGUACCUUUUGCUGCCGCAAGGUUUUGAGGCCGGGCUUCGUGCAGGACUUUGCAAAAGAACCCACUGAAGAACUGUGGCCAGCCUCUUGCCACUGGCAGAGGAUUCUGCUAUUCAAGUUCUCUUCUCCUGACAAGUCUGAUGAGACAGACCUGCGGAUGCUGGUGCAGAUUUGUGAGACAUGGAAUCAUCUCAGCCCAGAAGGCGGGAUUCUGACAGCUUCACCCAAGAGCCGUUCGCUGUCACCAUGGUGGCGGUCUAUUUUGGAACCCUUGACGGAAUUGCCGGAGCCAGGUUAUGCGCAAUUCGCAGCUGCAGUGGUGCAGCGUGUGAUUUGUGAUUGGUGGCACGCCCAGGGGCAGAAGGUGGUAGUGGGCUGGAGUCCAAUGUGCGGCUGGAGCGAGUGGGAGGAGGAGGAGUCGUGCGACUGCUCAGCUUUGCACCGCGAGCAUUUGCAACAGCUCCUGGCUGCAGAGGCGGAUGAAGCCAAAGGACCUUUCUUGGAGGGUGGUUUCUAUCGAAACCCUAAUGUCCACAGCGCGCACCUGGCCAAGCUGGCAGAACGCGGCCACGACAUGCCGUGGGCACGCUUCCUGAUUCGCUAUCCGACCAUCCAUCGGCGUGACGCGCAGGUAGCAGCCCAGGUGAAGUUCGGUGAACGCAUGAGGACAGCUGCGAUGAAGCUGGCGAAGUGGAUCAGCGAGCGUGAGGACCUCAACGUGCAGGAUCUCUUGGAUCUCGCUGGGGAAGUGAGGAGCGAUUCCGAGAACCGUGGUGAAGAAGCAAAGAUUGGGGUUCGCCGGCUGAUAGAGGACACUUCAAUUGGCACCUCUGUGUCACCCAUGCGGCGCUAUGGGGUCUUCUGGCACAAGAAGAGUCUGCAAGAGCCAUGGCCCUCCGCGCGGACCAAGAUGUGUGCGGCUACAGUGACAUCAUUGCAGGUGGAGAGUGCGUCAUGCAGGAGCAUCUUGAAGGAGCUGAACAUCAGCAACAGCUCUGACCAGAACAACUCCGUCAAAGAGAGGCAAUCGGGAGUCUACCUUGAAAAGGAUUCCUGCAUGGUCGUGCUGACACGCACCGUGGCGGUUUCAGCUCUCGAUGGCCUCCUCUUGGGCUGGGAUUGCUACACUUGGUAUGGGCAGGAGUCUGCCCCUCACUUUGACAGGAUGUGGGGCGUCAUCUUGCACAGCUCCAUUCUUGCAACCGAAGUGGUCAUCCGGUCAGUGAUGCAGGCAGAGCUGGCAAAGUUCCAGUCAGCUGCACUCUCUCUUGUUGAUACAAGCUGCUACACCCUGUCCUGGCCCACUCUGUCGACAUCCAUGGCAUGGGCAGAACUUCAAAGUGCUACAGCCCGGCUGGCAUGGCUAGGUUUCAAUGCAAUGCCUUACAAGCGAGGCAGCCCAUCCACCGUGCUCAUGAUCCACCAUGCAUUGUGGCUGGCAAUUUUCCCUCCCUUCGAAAGAGACACCAUUCUGGUCAACUGCUUCCCGCGAUUGAAAGAAGGUGUGCUGCCGGAUUUGGAAGCUUUCAGUGUGGACCUGGAUGCCUUCACAAAAACGGUGAGGAGGCCUGCUCCUCCAAAACGUCGAGCUCAGCAGCUCAUUGACGCUCAUCUCUAUGAUCCGAAUUUUUGGCCGGCCUUGCUCCGGCAUCCGCCCACGGCUGAUUUCUUGGCAGAGGUGCUGAAAAGCAGAGCCUCCCAAGAUGAGGCCUUUGCAUCACUGGUGGCUCGAAGCUGCAUGUCGCUGACGCCAACAGGUCCGACCUCCACUCCUCAGAAGCGUAGCGCCUCCAGCCUCAAGAGAUUCAAAAGCCAAGAGCCACGAGCAGGUGUGGUCCCUCGUUCACUCCUGUCAGCUUUUGAGGAAUCUCCAGACAUCCCAGCCAAAGCAGCUAAGGUGGUUCCUACAUCUCAAGAGGAAUGCUUUUUGGAACCUUUGCCUCUCGUGCUGGCUGCUCAGAUCGCAUCAUUUCUGAAGCUGCGCGAGAAAUUGCUGGUUGUAGCCAGCAAUCGUCAGGCCGGGGCACUAAAGCAACUUGUCAGUGCCUGGGAGCCACUGGUCCUGGAUGCAACCGACUGCGCUUACAUCCUGCGGCGCCUGCGGAGCAUGGAUCCUCGUGGCUAUUUGGAGCCAAAGUUCUAUCCACCACCGAUAUGCUCAGCCUGGGCGGAAGUCAAUGAGGUCAGUGUAGAAAUCAUGGAGCCAGACAAACCGCCUUGUGAGGGCAUGCGACCGCAGUUCCAUAGAUCAUCAGUCAUGGCAAGAAUGAUUUUAGACCCAAUCGAGGAAUUGGCGCGUCGUCUCUCAGCGGGUUGGUUAGCUGGAGCAGCACACUUGCACCUUUCAAAUAUCGAAGCAACUCGAAUGGAUGCCCUUUUCUUGGACUUCCGUCUCAAGGCUUUUCGGAACUUCCCUUCCCUGAAACUGCAGCACGAUGGCCUGGAUACCAACAGAUAUUGCUUGCAUGCCUCCAAAGCACCAUCGCUCCUGCCUAGCAUCCAAGAUGCACGUGCAAUAAUGCAAGAGCGAUUCCCAAGAAGGCCCGAGUUGCAGCUGUUGCUCCAGUGGCCUGAAGAGAUUACAGAACCUGAAGCACUGUUCUUGCAAGAGCACACUCUCAUGGUGAAGGCUGGGCAUAGCUUUCGCAAUUUGGAGCGGCUGUGGCAUGUCAUCACCGAAGAAGAGGUAAGAGACCAGUAUGGCCUUUUGCAUGCCGAGCUGAAGAGUGGAAGGCAAGAACCCAGAGAAGCUGGCGUGAUAGUAAUUGCAGCCUAG